AGUAGUUCCAUUCUGUUGUUAAUUAACCAUCAAUGGUGGAGAGAAGGAGGCCUCUGAUACUUUGUUCGACCAAAAACCUUCUUCACUCUGUACUCAAUUCAUCGAAGAUCACUGAUGGAGAUGGAGUUGAAGGAAACCGAGUCUCUGACAAUGGUAACUUGCAGUCUCUGCGGUUACACGCAGGGAUUCUCCGUUGCUCGAUGGACCAAACUGAGGGUCGGGGCCCCAAGGAGGAUUCUCUUGAUGAUUCCACUUUGGUCGGACUUUCUGCGUCGACCCUGAAAUGUCUUUCUGUUACUUCCGGUUCACUGGUGAUAAUCAAGAACAUUGGGACAAGCACACAGAGGAUUGGUAGAGUUGUCGUCCUAGACCCACCUGACACAGUGGCCCAAGAAUGCCAAUCUGAGAUUAAUCAACCUUCUUCCCACGCAAUGGUUGUUUUUCCUUCUUAUAAGUUUCCUCCAAACCAACACGUCCCCUUGGAUAGAGAAGCUGCUUAUCUCUCUCCUCUCCUUGCAUUUAACCUUGGCUUGCACUUAUCAUGCCUGAAAUUUCUUGUUCACAUGGGACAUGAAAUUUUAACUUCUAUGUUUCUGGUCAAAGAGGAUGAAACAGAGCUGAAGUUGGGUGAGAACUCCUUUGUUGGUGUAGAAGUUGCUCCCUGGUCUCAUUUCCCUAGAUUGGCUUCGCAUCUGAGGAUUUCUUUUGUGAAAAUACCAGAAUGUGGUGUCCUAAAAUCUUUCAGGGCAAGUUCUUCUCUUGAAGCUGAAGAGCGUCAAGAAAUGAUCGAUUCUGCAUUGCACAAUUACUUCACAGUCGAUAGAUAUCUUGCUAGAGGUGACAUUUUCUGCAUUCGCAUAAAUUGGAAUUGCAAUUCAGAGUUGUGCAUUCCAUGUAGCCAAAGGACGUGUGAGAAUGCCAAGGACAAUGUUAUCUACUUCAAGGUCAUGGCUAUGGAGCCAGUUGAUGUACCCAUUCUUCGUGUAAAUUGUAAUCAAACAGCACUGGUGCUUGGAGGGAGUAUACCUGCAGCUGUCCCCCCUGAUUUAUUGGUUUGUGGUUCAAAAGGCUUUGUGCCUUUGCAGGGGGAUACUGUGAAGAGUUUGGCAUCCAUACUUACCCCGCCUUUAUGCCCAUCAGCACUUUCUUCAAAAUUCAGAGUUGCUGUUCUUUUAUAUGGUUUGGCAGGUUGUGGGAAGCGGACUGUUGUUAGGUAUGUUGCUCGUCACUUGGGCCUGCAUGUGGUUGAAUAUAGCUGUCAUGAUCUUUUGGCAUCCUCUGAAAGAAAGACUUCUGAAGCACUAGCUCAAGCUUUCAAGACAGCUGAAAGAUACGCUCCGACAAUACUUCUUCUACACCAUUUUGACGUGUUCCGGAAUAUAUCCUCUCAGGAUGGUUCUGAUCAAGUUGGCGUCAUCUCUGAAGUUGCAUCUGUUAUAAGAAAAUAUACCGACCCAGUGACUGAAGAUGAAUACUCUUAUGAUGGAGAGAACAUAAACAGUGGCUUUCAUGUGGAGCAUUCUCAAAUGACAACUGGCCACAAAGUGCUGCUUAUUGUUGGUGCUGAUAGUUGUGACGGUUUACCACCAGGUAUUAGACGUUGCUUCAGCCAUGAAGUAAGCAUGGGCCCUCUGAAUGAGGAGCAGAGGGUUGAAAUGCUCUCCGAAUCUAUGCGAAGUCUUUUGGAACGCCUUCCUCAUACUGAUAAAAAGGACCUUAUUAAGGACAUUGCUGGACAGACAUCUGGUUUCAUGCCAAGGGAUAUUCGUGCUUUAAUUGCUGAUGCUGGUGCAAAUCUAAUUUCUAGACUCAAUGGUAUAAUUGAUAAUGCUGAGCCCAGAGACAAUUCUGGUAAUAUUUCCGCCCAGUUUAAGCUGAUUCGGGAACAUGCAACUCAGGAUCUGGGGAAAGAAGACUUGACUAAAGCUCUGGAACGAUCGAAGAAAAGGAAUGCAUCAGCAUUGGGUACUCCAAAGGUGCCUAAUGUAAAAUGGGAAGAUGUUGGUGGACUUGAGGAUGUGAAGAAAUCAAUCCUGGACACGGUUCAGUUACCUCUUUUGCACAAGGAUUUAUUUUCGUCUGGAUUGCGUAAGCGCUCUGGUGUCCUCCUUUAUGGUCCUCCUGGGACAGGGAAGACUCUAUUAGCGAAGGCUGUUGCAACAGAGUGCUCCUUGAAUUUUCUCAGUGUAAAAGGCCCAGAGCUGAUCAAUAUGUACAUAGGAGAAUCUGAAAAAAAUAUUCGAGACAUUUUUCAGAAGGCAAGAUUGGCACGUCCAUGUGUUAUUUUCUUUGAUGAACUUGAUUCUCUUGCUCCAGCUCGUGGAGCCUCUGGAGAUUCUGGUGGUGUAAUGGACAGAGUGGUCUCUCAGAUGCUUGCAGAGAUUGAUGGCCUAAAUGAUUCCACACAGGAUUUGUUUAUAAUAGGUGCAAGCAACAGACCUGAUCUCAUUGAUCCGGCACUUCUGCGGCCUGGUCGGUUUGACAAGUUGCUCUAUGUUGGAGUUAAUUCUGACGCAUCCUACAGGGAGAGAGUCUUGGCUGCACUUACACGAAAGUUUAAACUGCAUGAGAAUGUGUCUCUGUACUCUAUAGCAAAGAAAUGUCCCCCCAAUUUCACUGGUGCAGACAUGUAUGCAUUAUGUGCAGAUGCUUGGUUUCAUGCCGCACAGCGUAAGGUUUUGGGGACAGAUUCAGAUUGUUUACAUAAAGAUGAUCAUGCUGAUUUAGUUGUCGUCGAAUACGAUGAUUUUAUAAAGGUUUUGGGUGAACUGUCUCCUUCCCUAUCAUCAGCUGAACUUAAGAGAUAUGAAAAGCUACGAGAUCAGUUUGAAGGAGCAUCAAAGUGAACUUCUAGUUUAGUUUACCAAAUGUUGAUAACCCAUCAAUCUGUUUUUCUUUUGAGCAUUCAAUGAAGUUCCAUUAUUUUCUAAUAAGAUUAUCAGUUGCUGCUGGAUCUCAUCCAUCCUUCUAGUUCAGCCUG